AUGUUGGAGGGUGAUGCCAUGGCUGAUGAUCAUCCUGUUGUUGAGAAUCGUUUGAGGCUGGCGAUUUCCCUAAAGUGCCAAGCUCUAACCUUCGGAGCGUGGGGUGAUCAUUCCUCCGUCACCUCUGUCUGGCGUCAAAAUAACGGCUGUAAAGGAGCUUAUAGACGCUUCUGGGACCAAACAGGCGAGACACGGAGGCACUACGGCGGUUUCCAGGCUUUUUGGUAUCAGUUUGGAAGGGGUGGCACAUGGUUUGUACAUAUACGGAAUCGAGUGGCGCAGUGUUUCUUCCUUCCGCCCACCAUCAUGGCCCACCCGCCUCCGCCCGCCACACCGUCAACAACAACAGUGGCAUCCACAAUAGCAGCGGAGACAGCGUCUAUGGCAUCGACGUCUGCGGCUGCGGCUGCGGCUGCGUCUGCGAGCUCGUCGUCCUUAACGCUCAUCCCGGCUAGGUGGGACAACCCGACUUCUCGGUUGGCCACCAGCAAGAAAAGCGACAGCAACUCGAACAGUUCCGGCGAAACCAGCGGAAAAUGCGGCAAUUCUCGUAAUAGAAGUGGGAGCACAAGCAGUAGUGGGAGUAGCAGGAGCGAGAAGAGCAGCAAGUCAGGGUCCAUACCUGCUGGGGGUUCGGCGCCAACGACGACGACGGGGACCCCGGACGUCAGUGAAUGGUUGCCGCCCCGUAUGCGCCACAAAGAGAAGAAAGCCGAAUUCCGCGUCAUCAGGCCGCCCACCGCUGCCUCUUCGUCGAAUGCCACCGCUUCCAGCUCUCGCGCCGUACCGCGCACAGCAGACGACCUCGCUCUGCAACCCAUCCCUGACCCACCAUGGAUGUCUGACCGCUUCCAACCUUCCCCUCACGCCCGCGGUUACGAUGAGCCACGUGUGGCCAGCAGCAGUAGUGCGAGGUCGCCGAUGCAUUCACGAGCACCGCUAUCGUCCUCCCAGUAUCCAUCCCAUUACCCGCAGCAUCAUGGAUAUCAGCCUCGACCGCAGUACCAGCCUCGACCACAGUAUAGGGAACGGGCCCCGGAGCGACCGAGCUCGCGAGGUUCGAUGUCGAGCGACGACUCUUCGGAUGAUGAUCGCAGACCACCACUCAGCCACCACGCGUGGCAGGCGCCUCGCACGAUCCGCGGGUCUAUGUCGGCGGGCACCUCAGCCUCAGCAACGCGCCCGAGGCUUGCACCCCCAACGUCGGAGGCCGAAAUGGACGUAGACAGCGACGGCAGAGGCAGGACAACUGAUAAACGGGCACGUGACGACGACUGGGAUGAACGAGAAAGCAAACGCCGAAGGGCACAUUAUCCUCUAAGGACGAUAUACUCGAAGGAUGUCGCGCCCGUGUCAGUGUCGGCGUCAACGAGCAGGUCGGGAACCCCUCCUCGCAGCUACCCCCCAUCGCCGUCACCACCACUUCCGCCGGGAAGUCGCAACAGCAACACUUAUCCGCCUGGUUCACCUUCAUCGCCACGUCCACCACCGCGAUCAGGUGUAUAUAGUUACCCUCACUCUUAUUCAGCACCAGCAUCUUCUCGCAUGCGCCACCGCGAGCCCACACCAGAAGGCUACAGAACUCGAUAUGCCUACUCGCCUGACCCACCUCUGGAUGACCGACACAACGGACCAAGAUACACGCUGCCUCCACUGGACAGACGAAUGUCUGCAAUGUCCCCUACUCAGUCGAGGGCUCUACCCGCUCAUCAGGCUAUGCUGGCGAAGGAAAGGGAGAGGGAGAGGGAGCUGAUGGAGAGGGACCGGUUGAGAGAAAUAAAUCAGCAGCACGGGCAGCAAAGAUAUUUCCUGCACCACCCAAACUCGCACGGAGCACCCCAUCCGUCUCCUCCGCAACUUCCACAGCACAACCAGAGAGCCAAAUGGUCCCACCAGCCUCCGUAUCCUCAUCUCAUCCCACAGCAGCAGUUCUCGCCCACCCGCCAACACCCUCCUCCAUCCAACGCGGCACAGCAGGCUCCACCACCCCAAUCACAGGCAGCACAAGCACAAGCACCAGCCCAACGUCUUCUGCAGCCCACCGACAAGGUCGACCCGAUCACUUCCUACUCGCAUGCCCUGCACCCCCAGCACUUCCGCAUCGACUUCUCCUCGCCUGGGUCCUCGCACCAGUCGGUCUUCAACCUGAAAGCACCGGCUGGGUCAGUAACGGCCGCCGCGGAGCAGAACCAGCACCUACCUCGACACACACGGCAACACCCGUCGCACCUGCCGCCACACCACGUCGGCGGCGCACAGUUCGUGCUCAAGCCCCCACGCGUGCCCAAGCCUCGCGUGUCGCGUGCGCAGGCGCAGGCCGCGCAGAAGGCCCAGUUGGCCGCCGAGCAGGCUGCACGGGAGGCAGCAGAGCAGGCCGCCGCGGCUCAAGGCGGCCCGGGCCUGCGUCCCAUCGCCAGCAGACGGAGCGUCGUCGACGGCGGAUACAUCGCCUCGGGCUCGGACGGCGAAGACGGCAUGCAGAUGCACCAUGGACAUGGGCAUGAGAUUCCGAACGGGGACCCGCCGAUGGUUGACACGCUCUCGGGCCUGGGCACCGCGCACGGGACGACGUCGCUCAACGACCGGGCGCGCAUGCGUGCACUGGCUUCGGGAGGCUACCAAGGAGGAUCUGAGGCCAACACCUUCCCUGCACCUGGUCGUCCAAGCAGGAAGGUCAAGAGGUACCCGUGUGAUAUCUGUGGGCAGAUCUUCACUAGGAGCGGCGAUGUGAGGAGGCAUAAGGAGAGUCGGCAUACGGAUGGAACUGGCGGGUGCAGGUGUCCUUACUGCGAUCGUGUGCUGACCAGACAAGACGCCCUCCAACGCCAUUGGGACAAAUACUGCCGCAAGAAAUCCAAACGUGCCAUGAUGGGGGCGAGCUCGAUGGGGCGAGACGACGAUAGCGACAAGGACAGUGCACGUGGCGAGAGCGACGGGGAUAUGGCACUCGGUGGCAGCAGCGGCAUCGACGUCGGGAUGAGGAACAGAUUUGGUGGGAUGGUGCGCCGGGGCGAUUCGAGCACGAACGGGCACGGUUAUGACGACUCCUCGGAGGACGAGUACGACCAACUUCAAAGCGACGAGGAGGAAAGCCGGCGGUCCUCUGCUCCUGCUCGUUCUCGUGGGUCCGUCGGCGUCGUUGGUGCGUCUGGGCCCCAAACAUAUGCUUCGUUAAGUGGUGUACAGACUCCCGUCCCGCCGCCGUACCAGAACCCGAUGCAGAACAUGUACACGCACAUCAACUACGGGAUUACGGACUUGCCGGGAUCGUACACGACGCAUCCUCACCCGGGGCCGAGGCACCGCGCCUCGAGGGGCGCGAGAGUGAAGCCGAUAGACGUUGAAGUCGCCGACAAGUGA